AUGGUGAAAGAAACUGCCUACUAUGAACUGUUGGGGGUGGCCCCCGAUGCCACAGAGGCACAGAUAAAGAAGGCAUACUACAUGCGAGCCCGCGAGUGCCACCCAGACAAGAACCCCAACGACCCAACCGCCAAGGCACGCUUCCAGGCACGCACGGCGUGCCAGCGCCCGCGCAUUUUGCGCCAGCAGCACCCACCCGAGCUUGGCACCGCCUACCAGAUUUUGUCUGACCCUCAGAAGCGGGAGGCUUAUGACCGACUGGGCGCGGCGGGCGUGUCUGAUGCGCCCCUGAUGGACCCUGGAGCCCUGUUUGGCGUGAUGUUUGGCAGCGACGUGUUUGAGGAGUAUGUGGGCCAGCUGCAGCUUGCCACGGCGGCCACCAUCGCCGCCGAGGGCGGCGGCGGCCAGGUGAACCAGGCCGAGCUGCGCACCAAGAUGGCGGCGGUGCAAAAGGACCGCGAAACCAAGCUGGUGUCCCAGCUCAAGGAGCGGCUGGCGCUGCAAGCCUCGCUGGGCAGGGAGGGCUUUGAGAAGACCCUGGGCGUGGGCUGGGCCUGGGAGGCGCUCCGCUCGGUGGGCCACGGCACCAAGACUAACUUUGGCGCCGUGAGCGGCGUCGUGGGCCUGCAGGUGGCGGCGCAGGACAUGCAGCGCCAGAUGCAGUCGGGGCAGCUGUCGCCGCAGCAGGCUGAGGCCAUGAUGGCCAGCAAGGCCGAGGAGCUGCUGGGCAACCUGUGGAAGCUGAAUGUGGCGGACAUUGAAAAGACGCUGGACAGGGUGGUGCCAGCGGUGCUGCAGGAGCCGGGGCUGAGCUCUUCGCAAAAGGAUGAGCUGGCAAAGGCCCUCAAGAAGGUCGGCAAGAUCUUCCAGGAGGCGUCCAUGAAGGAGCGGGAGGUGCGGGGCCCGCUCAAGUCGAUGAGCCGCGUGUUUGGCCAGAACGCGGCCGACCCGCGCCAGCAGCAGCAGCCGCAGGCGGGGCCCGGCCCGGCGGGCUACCCGCCCAGCGGCGCCGGCGUGCCGCCGCCUGCGCCCGGCUACCCGCCGCCCGGCGCCGCGGGCUACGCUCCCGGCUACGCCGCGCCGCCUCCCACCCAGCAGGCGAGCAGCAGCGGCUUCCUUGGCGGGCUGGGCCAGGCGGCCUCCGAUGUGGGGCGGGACAUGUCGAAUCUGGGGCAGGACUUUGCCUCGCGGCUGGGCUUUGCCGACCCCCCGCCGCCCCAGUACGCGCCACCCGCCUAUGGCGCCCCCGGCGCCGCCGCGCCGCCGCCCUCCUAUUACGGACAGCCCUAUAGCGCACAGCCGCCCCCGCAGUACUAUGGGCAGCCCUACGCCCAGCCUGGCGCUUAUGCCCAGCCUGGUGCUUAUGCCCAGCCUGGCGCGUACGGCCAGCCCGGGGCCUAUGCCCCGCCUGGCGCCUAUGCCCCGCCUGGGGCCUAUGCCCCGCCUGGCGCCGCGCCCGCCUACGGCGUCCCGUCGCCCGCCCCGCACGCGCAGCCCGUGGGCAUGCCGCCGCCGACCGGCGCGGCCGCGCCGCCGCCCGCGGCCCCGCGCGCGGCUGCCGGCCCGCCCCCCGACUUUGACUCGAUGAGCGUGGGCGAGCUCAAGCGCUUCAUCGCCAGCAGGGGGGCCACCCUGGACGGCGCGAUUGAGAAGAGCGACCUGGUGGCGAUCGCAAAGGCGCUGGUGCAGUAG